AUGCAGAAACACAUUCAAUCACUUCUUCCUCAUCUUCUUCAAACAUUACCCACUUUCUCCAUUUUUUUCUUCCACUAAUAAUUUGGAGAAAAGCCUUAGUAGCCGGUUAAAAUAUCCGGUGAAAACAAUGGCGACUCCGGCGUGUAGUCAUGCCAGGGGUCAAUGGGUAGUAGCCAUUUUGGCGUUACUUGUUGGCUCGGCAAUCGCUACUGAACCUUACAUUUAUAGCUCUCCUCCACCACCGUAUGUGUAUAAAUCUCCACCGCCUCCGGUUGCAUCUCCUCCACCUCCUUAUGAAUACAAAUCUCCUCCCCCUCCGGUUAAGUCCCCUCCACCACCGUAUGAGUAUAAAUCUCCUCCUCCUCCUGUUAAGUCUCCUCCACCACCUUAUUACUACCACUCUCCACCACCACCUGUGAAGUCUCCUCCCCCUCCUUAUGUAUACCACUCUCCUCCUCCUCCGGUUAAGUCUCCUCCACCACCGUAUUACUACCACUCUCCACCACCACCCGUGAAGUCUCCCCCCCCUCCAUAUGUGUACCACUCUCCUCCUCCUCCGGUUAAGUCUCCUCCACCACCGUAUUACUACCACUCUCCACCACCACCCGUGAAGUCUCCUCCCCCUCCUUAUGUCUACCACUCUCCUCCUCCUCCGGUUAAGUCUCCUCCACCACCGUAUUACUACCACUCUCCACCACCACCCGUGAAGUCUCCUCCCCCUCCUUAUGUCUACCACUCUCCUCCUCCUCCGGUUAAGUCUCCUCCACCACCGUAUUACUACCACUCUCCACCUCCCCCGGUGAAAUCUCCACCACCACCGUAUUAUUACCACUCUCCUCCGCCUCCGGUGAAAUCUCCUCCUCCUCCUUAUUACUAUCAUUCUCCACCUCCCGUGAAAUCUCCUCCACCACCAUACUACUAUCACUCACCACCUCCUCCAGUGAAAUCUCCACCACCACCAUACUACUACCAUUCUCCACCUCCUCCGGUGAAGUCUCCUCCACCACCAUACUACUAUCACUCACCACCUCCUCCAGUGAAAUCUCCACCACCACCAUACUACUACCAUUCUCCACCUCCUCCAGUGAAGUCUCCUCCACCACCGUACUACUAUCACUCUCCCCCCCCUCCGGUGAAGUCUCCUCCACCACCAUACUACUAUCACUCACCACCUCCUCCAGUGAAAUCUCCACCACCACCAUACUACUACCAUUCUCCACCUCCUCCAGUGAAGUCUCCUCCACCACCGUACUACUAUCACUCUCCACCCCCUCCGGUGAAGUCUCCUCCACCACCGUACUAUUAUCACUCUCCUCCUCCUCCGGUUAAGUCUCCACCUCCACCUUACUACUACCACUCUCCUCCUCCUCCGGUCAAGUCUCCACCUCCACCUUACUACUACCACUCUCCACCACCACCAGUCAAAUCUCCACCACCACCGUACUACUACCACUCUCCUCCUCCCCCAGUUAAAUUUCCACCGCCGCCAUACUAUUAUCACUCUCCACCACCACCAGUCAAAUCUCCUCCACCUCCAUACUACUACCAUUCACCGCCUCCUCCGGUGAAAUCACCACCUCCACCUUACUAUUACUCAUCUCCACCACCACCAAAAUCUUACCCUCCACCAUAUUACUACUCAUCUCCACCACCACCACCAAAGUCGUACUCUCCACCAUACUACUAUUCAUCACCACCACCUCCGGUGUCAUACCCUCAUCCUCACCCACACACACAUCCACUUGUCUUCAAAGUUGUUGGUAAGGUGUACUGUUACAGAUGUUAUGACUGGACAUACCCUAAAAAGUCCCACGAUAAGAAGCAUCUCAAAGGUGCUGUUGUGGAAGUGACUUGCAAGGCCGGUGACAAGACAGUGAAGGCAUACGGAAAGACCAAAAUCAACGGUAAAUACGCAAUCACCGUUAAAGGAUACAACUACCGUAAAUAUGGUGGCGACGUCUGCACGGCCAAGCUUCACGCUCCUCCUAAGGGAUCACCAUGUAACAUUCCUACAAGUUACCAUAUGGGUAACAAAGGUGCAAAACUCCAUGUGAAAUCAAAGACAAAGUACGAGGUUGUGCUUUAUGCUAAGUCCUUUGCUUAUGCACCUAAGAAACCUUACGGUGAGUGCCACAAACCGGCUCCUUACCAUCCUCCAUACUACUACAAAUCUCCACCACCACCGUCUCCGGUUUACUACUACAAGUCACCACCUCCACCAGCUCCUACUUACGUCUACAAGUCUCCACCACCACCAACUCCGACUUAUGUCUACAAAUCACCACCUCCACCAACCCCAACAUAUGUCUACAAAUCACCACCACCACCAACUCCGACUUACGUCUACAAGUCACCACCGCCGCCAACCCCGACCUAUGUUUACAAAUCACCACCGCCACCAACCCCGACUUAUGUCUAUAAAUCUCCACCACCACCAACCCCUACUUAUGUUUACAAGUCACCACCUCCACCAACUCCGACUUAUGUAUACAAGUCACCACCACCUCCAACCCCAACAUAUGUUUACAAAUCUCCACCACCACCGACUCCAACCUAUGUUUACAAAUCACCACCUCCUCCUACUCCGACCUAUGUCUACAAGUCACCGCCUCCUCCCACUCCAACGUAUGUUUACAAAUCACCACCCCCUCCAACGCACACUCCUACACCAUACUACUACCACUCUCCACCACCACCAGUAAAAUCUCCUCCACCUCCAUAUUAUUAUCACUCACCACCACCACCCAUCAAAUCCCCACCACCUCCAUACUACUACCAUUCUCCACCACCUCCGGUCAAGUCUCCUCCACCACCAUACUACUAUCAUUCACCACCUCCACCGGUGAAAUCUCCACCACCACCAUACUACUACCACUCACCACCUCCUCCAGUCAAAUCUCCUCCUCCACCAUACUAUUACCAUUCACCUCCUCCACCGGUGAAAUCUCCACCACCACCAUACUACUACCACUCACCACCUCCUCCCGUCAAGUCUCCUCCUCCACCAUACUAUUACCACUCACCACCUCCACCCGUGAAAUCUCCUCCUCCACCAUACUACUACCACUCACCACCUCCACCCGUGAAUUCUCCUCCUCCACCAUACUACCACUCACCUCCCCCACCAGUGAAAUCACCUCCACCACCUUACUACUAUCACUCACCACCCCCACCUGUGAAGUCUCCUCCUCCACCAUACUAUUAUCACUCACCACCCCCUCCAGUCAAAUCUCCACCACCACCAUACUAUUAUCACUCACCACCCCCUCCAGUCAAAUCUCCACCACCACCAUACUAUUAUCACUCACCACCCCCUCCAGUCAAAUCUCCACCACCACCAUACUAUUAUCACUCACCACCCCCUCCAGUCAAAUCUCCACCACCACCAUACUAUUAUCACUCACCACCCCCUCCAGUCAAAUCUCCACCACCACCAUACUAUUAUCACUCACCACCCCCUCCAGUCAAAUCUCCACCACCACCAUACUAUUAUCACUCACCACCCCCUCCAGUCAAAUCUCCACCACCACCAUACUAUUAUCACUCACCACCCCCUCCAGUCAAAUCUCCACCACCACCAUACUAUUAUCACUCACCACCCCCUCCAGUCAAAUCUCCACCACCACCAUACUACUACCAUUCACCACCUCCUCCGGUGAAAUCCCCACCACCACCGUACCAUUACAACUCUCCACCACCACCAGUAAAAUCUCCCCCACCUCCAGUCUACAUCUACGCUUCUCCCCCACCUCCUACCCAUUACUAGGCUCGUCAAACUCAGCAACAUUUCCACAUUAUUCAAGUUUUCUUUUUAAAAAUGAAAUAAAGGAAGGGUCAAAGUCAAAGAUGAGAAGAAGUGAACCAAAUAAGGAUCGUCUCGUGGAAACCAUGAACAAUACAUCUUCAACAAUGAUCCACAUCACUUCCUCUUCUUCAGUGUCGCUCAUCUUCCACUUCUGCAUUAUCAUCUUCGCGUCUUCAUCAAGUCGGAUUGUUUCCAAAGACCCUUUUAGAUCGUAUCAUAGUACUCUUCUUUGUAACCUUGUGUUAUCGUUAUUUAUUUGUUGUGCAUACAUUUUCUACAUAUUUUUUACAUUAAUGUAAUGAGUGAGGUGUUAAAAUGUUCAGUUUCGUGUUUCUUAAGAUUGUUCGUUUUAACGUUAUUUUUAUA